AUGAUUCAUAAGUUAUUCUUUACUUUCGUUUUUUUUUUUGCUGAUAAAUCAUUUUGUGUCACCUUUUUUUUAUCCAGAAAUUAUUUUCUUUUUCAUUCAGAAAAUGUUUUCUUUCUUUCUUUCUUUCUUUCUUUCUUUCUUUCUUUCUUUCUUUCUGUCUUUCUUUCUUUUCAAUCUUUCUUUCUUUCUUUCUUUCUUUCUUUCUUUCUUUCUUUCUAUGAUGUUAUUUGUUAUUUGACUCUUUGUUUUCUUUUCUGUCAUUUUUUUCUAUUUCGUUGGUUUCUAUUUUUCUUUUUCUUUUUUUUUAUUCCUUUUACUCUUUUUUCAUUCAUACAAUUAUUUUCCCUCUUUGCGCCUUUUUUUAAAAAAAUUCUUUCUUUCUUUCGUCUUCGCUUUUCUUUUGUCUUCUACCUCUUUCUGUAUCGGCUGCUCUUUUACUCUUUUCCUCACUUUUCACUUAAUUCUUUUUUUUCCAUCCUAAUUUAUUCUUUCUCAUUCCGUGUUUCGUUUCAUUUCUCUAUUGCAACUACAACCCCAUCUGCUGCAACUGGAAACCUUUCUGAUGCAAUACUGUCUGCUGUAGCUGCGCUUGUGUCUGCAACUGCAACCCUGUUUACUGCAACCCUAUCUGUUGCAGCUGCAACUGCAACCCUGUUUACUGCAACCCUAUCUGUUGCAGCUGCAACUGCAACCCUGACUUCUACAACUUUAACCCGGUAUUUCCCUGCAUCAGUGGUUAUUCUUGUACAGUUGUAUUCGUCUCCCUGUCACUGUUUUUCAUAUUAUUUUCUUGAUAAUAAUAUUUUGAUCUAUUUGUUUUCUGCCCUUUCUUUUCUUUUCUUUUUCUUUUUUAAACUUCUGCCUCUCUCUCUCUCUCUCUCUCUCUCUCUCUCUCUCUCUCUUCUUUCUCCUCACCUUCUCUCAUUUUCUUUCUUUUUUUCUUCAUUCAUGCGUUCGUUUUUUCUUCCUUUAAAUCUCUUAAUAUCUUUCUUUUUACUUUCUUUCUUAUUUUUUCUUUUUCCUUCUUUUUCUUUCUUUCUUUUUCUUUCUCACUAUGUUUUUUUUCCAACUGCGAUCAUUUUUCUUCCACUUCUUAUCUUUCUUUCUUCGUAUUUAAAUCAUUCUUUUCUUUUGUAUACACCUCUUCCUUUUUCCUUUUUAUUUCUCGUUCUUUCUUUUUUCUUUCUUUCACUUCCUUUUCCUUUAUUCAUGUCCAUUUUUUUCGUUCUUUCUUUCUUUCACUUCCUUUUCUUUUCUUUAUGCCCAUUCUUUCUUUCUUUCUUUCACUUCCUUUUCUUUUCUUUAUGCCCAUUCUUUCUUUCUUUCUUUCUUUCUUUCUUUCUUUCUUUCUUUCUUUCUUUCUUAGUAAUAAUAUUUCUUUCUCAAUGUAAUUUUUUUCGUCUGCGAUCAUUUGCAUAA